GCUGAAUUUAGCAGCUCAGAAAGCUCCUUAAAAACCCAAUUUCUUUUUAUAUCUCUUUUUUGCCUUCUGUAGAGCCUGCUUCGGCUGAAAGUUGGUUUGUGUCACGGAGGCAAGCUAGCCUCCAACAGCUUCCGGUUGUCCAACCGCAGAGAAGGGAGUGUUUCUCCCCAGGUCUCUAGCGGGAGCCCUCGGCUUCCUUCUGACUGGACCACCCUGAUUGUGUGGCGUUUCCAGAAGAAUGCUUUGUAUUGAUUGGCUUAGGUCUGGAUUGGGUACUGGUUCCUAAAACAAACACUGUUGGCAAGGGCAUAAGAUUAUUGUAAUUUAGUUUAGCCAAAUCAGUCUCUAUAAAGGAGGUAGACAUGGGGUAAAUCCCAACAAAUCUGCAUGGAUAUUCUACAAUGGUGUGAAGUGGCAUGGAUGUUGAAAAGCUCACCCUCAGUGCAGAAAACAGCCUGGAAGGAUGUAUACCAACGGCAGUUAUCUUCAAGUGGAAUUAUGGGGGAUUUUCAUUUUUCUUAUUUAUGCCUGUUAUUUUACACUUUUUCUUUUUUUUUUUUUUGCUAAUUUUACAUUUUUGACAACAAACAUAUUACUUGAAAAAGUUUAAAAAGAAACGAAGGCUAUAAAUAUGAGAAAAAGUUGGUGUAUAACACUUGCGAUGUAAUUAACAGAUUGAGAGACUUAAAGCAGACAUGUUGGCAAACAGGAAAUCUGAAUUUUCAGAACGGCACCAACUGUGCCUUGGAGAAGCUUCUGACUGCCUUUCUCUUGCCUCUGUAUGAAACUGUGGUCAUUUCUAUAGCUGUACCAUGAGAUUUUUGAAGGCUAGCCUGGCCUAAAACCAUUGGUUCCAGUGGCUUGAGUCUUUCCCUCGUGGUGGGGUGAUGAAACUUUUUAGCUCUCUCUAGAGACAUUUUCACUUGUCAGCUUGAAACACCAUGAAGUGGGUCCCAACUCCAGAAGGGGAAGCACUGGCCUCAGGUUCCCCCAUUUCUUUCUUGGACAGAAGGAGCAGGGUGUUCUUUCAAGAAGUGGCUAGCACAAAAAGUCCCCGCUUCCUCUGAGAGCCUGCAGCUCUUGGGAAUCACGGUGUGAAACUGGCUGUGGUCCCAGGGAAGGGGCUCUGGGUCUGAAGGCUCAGGAGCCUGGGAGAAUGUGAAGUGAGGCACUUCCCUUGACUCACUUCUGUUAGAUGCUGGGUAUUGGGGGUUCUUCCCAGGAUUCAUGGAGAAACUCCUGCUACUCUUCCACAUACUUUUUUCCUGGAGAAGACUACUCAGUUUCCCACUGGCAGAAAAGACUUCCACUCGUAAUGCAAGUGAGUUCCUCCUGCUAGCCCCAUGUCUCUACCGUCCGGGAUUCAUCUCAUCAUUUCCUGCCCUGGUUUUUCAUGCAAGAAAAAGAAUACCUUCCCCAGAUCCUCUUCUUGGGAAAAGGAGAAGAAAAACACACAUCUGUCCAACCAAAGUGUGCAUACCUGCUCUUACUUCCAAACUCGUGAAGUAAAUCUCUUGAGGACGAAGACCAUAUCUCGUUCUUCUCUGCAAGCUCAGCAUUUAGCACAGUGCCUGUUACAAGGAGCCAAGUUGCCCUGAAGAUCAUGAACUUGUCUUCUGACCACUGCAACAUAUCGGAUUGGCUGAGGCUGGAAGCAACAGUGAAGGCCUCUGUGUAUGUGGUGGCCUUCUUCUUUGCCACAUUCGUCACCGUCGUCAUCAUCACAAUAGUGUUACAGAAUUCGAAGCUGAGGAAAGAGGUCCGACACAUCCUCCUGUGCCACCAUCUGCUAUGCAUCUCCUCCUACUGUGGCCUCGGGGUGGUUUUCCAAGGGAUGCGGGCUCUGCUGGCCAACAGCCCCGUGCUGGUAUGCUGGGUGGUAUUUGGGGUCCAGCUAAGUGUUGGAGAAGGGAUCCUCUUUACGCUGGCCUUGAUGGCGGUCAACACUUACCUGGCUAUUUGCUGGCCUUUGAAAUCUCUGUCCUUGGUAGAUUCGGUUAAGUACAGGAUCUUGGCUGGGUCUUGGGUAAUCAUCAUAUUCAAGAAUGUUUGCUUAUUCCUCAUAGAAAGCGCUAACCCCCCUCGAGUUGCCGUUUUUAAAUCUGAACCCCUGUGCCCUGUGAUCUUGAACGGCCCUCCUGCCAGAGCCGUUGGCAUGGUUUUCCUUUUCUUUCUUCUGUCCAUCAUUCUUAUAAGUUACUUUCUGAUCUACCGAGAAGGCAAACGGGCUGGCCAUUUUAACAGAUCAAAUAUCAAAGCAAAAAAAACAGUCCUUAUUCAUUUAGUGCAGAUGAGUUUGCAUGUAAUACCAAUCCUGAUAUUCAUAGGUUUGGGAAAGAUGUGUGGGGUGUUUUUCUUUGCUUUAAACCUGGUACUUUUUGGAGUCUUUGCAUUUGCACAGUGUCUUAACCCCCUGAUCUAUGGGCUCUGGAACAGAGAGCUGCAAAGCGGAUUAUACCACUGGAUGUGCUGUCAGCUGUGGUGUGGUCACAUUAUGAACGACAGAGAGCCAGUUUAAUCUGGAACUCAGCCACUUGGAAUCAAUGACUCUAGCCCUAGCGGACCAUCAGCCAGGCUUGAGGACUUGCCUUUUACGCAACCUAAAAUUGGUGUCUUGGUUUGAUUCUGGAAGCGAUAGGAGUAAGUCAAAGCUAUUCAUCUGGCUUGCAAACUUCGUUGCUGUGUGCGUUGAACUGGCCUCACGGAAAUCGUUUUAUAUCUUUAAUUCUAAACCCAGAUCAACAUUUUUGGCGGCAUGCCCUACUGUGUUUCAGUAGUCAGGCAGCUUUUGAGAACGCACUUGUUUUUAGAAAUGGAGAAAUAGUCCAUGGUUGAUAGGAAGAGAAGUUUGGCCGUUCCUCUUCUAUUCAUUAGGGGUAGGCUUCGCUGCAUGUAGUAACAAAGCAGAAACCAAAUAACAGUGAUUUUGUAAAGUUUGAGAUUUUUUUCUGAUGUAAAAGA